AUGGUUGCCGACGCCCUCAUCUACCACCCUAGUGUGUCGCACUACCUCAAGUUCAUCGCGACCACCAUGGGUCGCGACAAGCUCAUGCGCACCAUCCAGUACUUCGCCCGCUUCUACGCCUGGUACCUCCUGCGCACCAACGCCACCGCCACCUCCAUCGCCCCCUGGAACGCUCUCAAGACCCAGUUCGGCCUCGUCCGCAAGGCCCUCCGCGCCGGCAAGAACGUCGAGCACCUCCAGGCCGCCGCCCGCGCCGCCGACGCCCGCACCGCCGACCCCGUCGUCCGCUACGCCACCGUCGGCCGCCAGCUCGGCUAUGCCGGCUACCUGACCUUCGACCUGGCCACCCUGCCCAGCGCCCUCGGCGUCCGGCCCUCCGCCAAUGCCAAGAGGCUGCAGCGCGAGGCCUACCGCUUCUGGGCCAUGGGUAUCUGCUGCAGUCUGGUCUGCCAGUUCUACCAGCUGUACGUCCUGCGGCAGCGCGAGGCGCGUGUCGACCGCAAGAACGGCGAGGGCGUCGUCGAGAGCAAGCGCAUUGUCAUUGAGCGCGCCGCUGCCCGCACCCAGGUCAUCCAGGACCUGUGCGACUUGACCGUGCCUACCUCCGGCCUCGGCUGGAUUGCUUUCGACGACGGUGUUGUCGGCCUUGCUGGUACCCUCAGCAGUUUGAUGGGUGUCUACGCCCAGUGGAAGAAGACCGCUUAA